CGAGUCUCCCUCACUCGACUCGAGAGACGAGAAGUCGACUAGAGGCCCGAGCCGAGUCAAACUCAAGCCCGAGUUCAGUAUCCGGUUGACAGCCGGUGAGGCGGCGGCGUCAUGUUUCUCUAGCGUACGAUACGCGCGCCGCCUCUGCGCGAUUUUCUACCAUUCGUAAAUAUAUUUUGUACACAAAUACGUGCAGUACAAGCGCGUGCAAGUGACUGUAAUCUGUGUAAUCUGAACAUAAUAAGACUUUCCCUGGCUAUAUACAUACCGUAAAUAAUUAAGUACAUCGAACUGUUGCAAUACCUUUGAUACAAUUUUGUUAGAGCACUAAAUUACUAACAAGUAACAAUAUUACGUAGGUUUUAAUAGCCAAAUAUUGUAGUGUAGUAAGUUUGUUAAAAUAUUUCAUGGUUAGUAAAAUUCAUGUGUUAACAUUAUGUAAAAUAGGAGUGUUACGACUGACUAGCAUUGAAGGAAUUAUUAUAAAUAGUAUCACGGAAAACGAGGAGUUACAGUUGGUGAGGUGAAAUUGAUUGUCAAGUUGGAUGAGAUCCACAUCAAUAAUGGCGGAUCGCGAACGUCCUGCGAAAACCCCCAUCAGGGUGGGUUUUUAUGACAUUGAAAGGACCAUUGGCAAAGGGAAUUUUGCCGUCGUAAAGUUAGCACGACAUCGAAUAACGAAGACUGAGGUAGCAAUUAAGAUAAUAGAUAAAUCACAAUUAGACGCCAGCAAUCUUCAAAAAGUCUACAGAGAAGUGGAUAUAAUGAAAAGGCUGGACCAUCCUCAUAUUAUUAAGCUUUAUCAGGUCAUGGAGACGAAAAACAUGAUCUACAUAGUGUCAGAAUACGCCAGUAAAGGAGAAAUUUUUGAUUAUAUCGCGAGGUUCGGCCGGAUGGCGGAGCAGGCGGCUCGGCGAAAGUUCUGGCAAAUCCUUUCCGCUGUUGAAUACUGCCAUGAGAGGCGGAUUGUACAUAGAGAUCUUAAGGCGGAGAACUUGUUACUGGACGCGAACAUGAAUAUCAAAAUCGCGGACUUCGGGUUCAGUAACUACUAUGCGGCGGGCGAACUGCUGGCCACGUGGUGCGGGUCACCACCCUACGCCGCGCCCGAGGUCUUCGAAGGGAAGCGGUACACGGGCCCUGAAAUUGACAUAUGGAGCCUGGGAGUGGUUCUGUAUGUGCUGGUGUGCGGCGCGCUGCCCUUCGACGGGUCAACGCUUCAAUCACUGAGAGACAGGGUGCUGUCCGGCAGGUUUCGGAUACCGUAUUUUAUGAGCGAAGACUGCGAGUCCCUGAUCCGCAAGAUGCUAGUCCUGGAGCCGAUGAAACGGUACACCAUAGACCAAAUCAAGAAACACCGCUGGAUGUCGGUGGAGCCCUACACCGUGCCGCCGCUCUCCGCCGACCCUAUGCGGAGCCCCGCGCAUGUCACACACCACACACAGGAGCCCAAUGAGCAAGUGCUCAGGUUGAUGCAGAGCUUGGGCAUCGAUCCAGUUAAAACCAAAGAAAGUCUUCGCUCGAACAGUUACGACCACCACGCGGCGAUCUACCUGUUGCUGCUGGAGCGGCUGCGGGCGCGCGCGGCUGGGAGCGACUGCCGUAGGCCGACCCGCCGGCCCUCGUCCGUCGCCGACCAGGCGCUGGCCAGGGAGGCGCACGACGCCAGGCGGGAACAUCAUAACAGAUUACUGCACACGGGCGAUCAAUCGAGGGAUUACAACAGAGCGACAGCGAUAUCAGCUGCUCCGGCCGAUUCCUCGUCGGCGGAGACGCAGCGCUUGCUGUCGCUUGCGGGUGUGAACAUGACCGAACAACGGCUUCUCCAGCGAAGUUCUGACCCUUCGGACACACACCGGAGUUUCCUAGUCGCGAACCUAGACGCAGCGAGAAACCAUGAAAUGGAGUCCACGAGGCUCCUGUCCAUGCGCAACAUCGACGUCUCCCAAUCCAAUCAAAGGCUAGGCUCCAAACUGAGCGACACCACAGUUCCAACUCAUAGACUUCUCACUUCCACGUAUGAACAACAACAAAACAUUCUAAAACAAUCCAGUGAAGACUGCAGACGGUUAUUGCAACAAUCCACCACUGUAGGUCCGGAAACAAAUAAACCCAAUACUGAUGGCACGCGCCUGUUGACCUCGUCUAGUUUCGAUUCAAAAUGUGCUAUCGAUGGAGGCAGAGGGGCUUCAUCGACAGACCAUAGCGCAAUAGCAACUUUUCUUCAAAAUUCUGCUUCGGCGACUAAUUUUAACGUGGAAACAAUUAAAUUACCGAGUUCCACGACGUUUACAAUGUGUUCGGAAGCAGCCAAACUUAUGAAUACGUUGCAACAAUCGCCACUACCUUUGAAGGGCGCAAUAAAUCUCAGCACUAGCCCUAUACCUUCGCAAUUCACAGACACUAAACUUAGUAGUGUUCUAGAACAACCGAAGCCACUCGAAUCUACUAGAUUAGUAUCUCAGGCUCAGCAGCAGGAUCUAAGUCGACUGCAAACAAGUACACCUCCUUUUAAGGAUUACAUGAAUCACCUUCCGAGUUAUUCGUAUCUACAAAACACUGCCCUACCGCCCGCAUCGUCCGAAGCCAAUUAUUCCGUAACGUCCACUUCCAAUGAUUUAUUUCCGAGUACGCUAUACAGACCGGAUAGUAAAUUUUCAUUAAAUAGAUAUACCACUGGUCAAUCUUACGCUCCGAUGCUUUCAAAUAAUACUACUGAGCCAGCAAAAUUUCAACAACAGUAUUCGUCGUCAACAGACGAAGGUUGUGAGACCGAUAUGGAAGACGUCGCAAACAUGCCCAGCGGAGUACAAAACAGGUUAAGUUCGUAUGCGAGUUCCAGUUCCAGUAGUGGAGUAGUGACUUUUUUUAACAACAAAAGCCUCAGUCAGAACCUCAGUUGCGAUUCGUCACAGAGCAAUUUUUCCGCGUUCGAAAGCAUCGAUUACCAGUUGUCAGAUUGCUCAAGCGAAUUGACUAGCAGUCUACCUAGUUGCACGACCAAUGAAGAUAAGCUAGCUUAUGAAACAACUUCACUCGUUAAUACUAGUCCAAUGCAUCCUUGUGUUUAUAUUUCUUCGUAUAAUAAUAAAACUCCUGGUACUGGUUUUAUCGCAAGGCACAAUCCGAUAAACUAUCAAUCCGCCAAUAAGAACUGCCAGCGAUCCAUCACUCGGAGCCCCGUGGAUUUCAGAGAAGGACGCCGCGCUAGCGACGGCCUCGUCGCGCAACAAGCCGCUCAAACGAAUGAAACUCAAAAGAAUACCCUAGCCUUUAAUAGCCAAAGAUUAAACGAAAACUGUAAAGCGAAGGGCGUUUUAGAACUUCACCUCGUUCAAAAAGAAGCGCAACAGUUAAAAACUCAAUACCAGUCUUCGCUGCCUGCAGAGGAAAUGACCCAGAGACAAAUUCAGCACAACCAGUUCGCAGCUAGUUUCACUCCACACUAUUUAGAUACAAAAAAUCCUACUCCAAAGCGGAUAAGUCUCCCGGAGAACUUUAAUUACUCGAGCACUUCCCCACCGAUGCCGGCGAGUCCCAAAAUGGUCGCCGCGCUUCAGGAUACUUCGGAUCUAGCGCACGGAGCGUCUCUGUCCUCAGUCAGCAAACCACCCCUUCAGCAGCAGCUAAUGCAACAUAGACUGUUUCAACAAAAGCGACAACUGCUUCAGAAACAAAUGACUCCCCCGAACUUACCAGUGCACGAUAUGGGAGCCCUGCAUAGUCUUCAAGUCGGCCUAAGCAGACGGCAAAUGCUCCGGCAGCAGAGCUACAAAAUAGCACAACAGCAGCAAAUUCUGCCGCCCUUGCCUUUAACGGAGUCCGAGAAUAGGGACUUGCUCGCAUUCCAGGCGAUAGUUGAAGAUCCAAAUAGGCUAAAGAGCAAAAGCGACGAGAGCCACGAGGAAGCGAAAUUCGCGUAUCAAGGGUCAAUGGACAUUAGUAUACACAAGGAUAGAUUAGGGAACGAAAAUUGGUCCAACUUGCCGUCGAGUCUACAAAGCGCGUGUCAGAUCUCCGAGAUGAGCCGGCGGGAAGGGGAGACGGAGGGCGCGCACGCCGUGGAGGCGCCGCUGUGGCCGGGCCAGUGGAACACGUCGCUGUUCCAGCCGCAGGCCUGCUUCCAGUCCAGCUGGCAAGGUCACAGUCUGCCGCCAACUACCAACAUGCUGCCAUUGAGCGAGAGCCCUAUUCUGGAGCUGACAGAACAGAUGGAGUCCAUAUAAGUCGCCUUGGCUCAUUUUGAAUAAUCGCGCAAUAUAAUUUUUUUCAAAGGUACCCUCAUAAAUCACGGCCAGCCUCAAAAAACCCUGGUAGUAUCUAGGUGUUAUCGUUUUCAGUUUUUGGUUUAAUUUUUUGUGAUUUAUAUAUUCUGUAUUUAACGUUAGCGUUACACGCCUGAAGUAUUUUUUUAUUAAACAGCAAAUCUACUGUUAAAACACUGUCGUUGGGUUGGUAACACUGGAGGGCGUUGUAGUAUGGAAUGACAGUAAAUGUGGUGUUGCCAUACAGCAAGUUUUUUAGUUCCAUUUUUAAUAACUUCUAAUCUUUAAUGUCGCACUAUAUGUAUUUUGAAAAACCCUGACCUUGGUAUUUUUGGGUCGAACUUAAACACACCAUAAUGGGUUGGAAUAUAUACCUACCUAUCUGCAAAACAUGAGUUGGUAUGUGUAAUGUUGAAGAAGUAUUCUCUAUAGUGUAAACCAAACCAACUAUCGCAUCUACCUACCCAAAUAUUUUUAUCUAUAAGUAUUGUUCCAAAGUAAAUUGGUAUCCGGUAAAUAAAUGAUGCAUUAAAUAUUGCAAGACGCAGUUUGGUUUCGCUUUCAUGUCGCAAAAUAUCGUUAUUAUAUGAAAUUGUUAUGUAAGCCACUGACGAUCAAGUAAUAUCACAUGCCUGAUGCCACAUUCGUCAAGCCGUUAACGCUGCAGGCAUAUUUGAUCGUCAGUGGCUGACAGCUACAAAUGUUGAUGACUGUCUUAGGGAUAUACACAAACUAAUAAGUCUGUAUAAAAGUAGCAUUGUCCGAAGCUCUACAUUCCGUCUCAUACGAAAGAGGAGGUAUACAAAGCAGCGGGACGAUAAUUAGGCGGAUGAUAUAAAAUCAAGAAAAUCGAAGCUUGCCAUCAUGGCAUUUUUUUUUUUUUUUUUUUUUCAUUUAUUUAGGAAACAAACAGCAUUAACAUAAAAACAAUAAUUUACACAUUUUAGAAACACUUAAGCCAAUUAAGUUUCCAUGGAAAGAUCGUACAUACACAAUUAGGGAGUUGGCAACAAGACUUAUUAAUAGUAAAGAAGAGUAGAAAACAAAUAACAUAAUAGAACAAAAAAUAAAGUAAAACGGUGGCAAUCUAUAGAUGCAUGAUUAUCUAAAUGGAAAAAACCGAAAGGUAUUAAAACUCUCUCGUGCUGACUAAUGCGUAAUUCACUAAUAUUCAACCGUUUCCUAAUCUACUAUUACCUAGAAUAUUUCCCUUCACCUACUCUCUCAAAUGAAGUAAAUAUCUGUAAUUGAUCCAUUAAUGUUUGUGUGUAGACGAGGCAUAUAAACACGGCACCCUGAUCACUUGUAUUUUACGGAAAUGGAAAUGGAAAUUUUUAAGGAACUGUAGCUAAUAUGAACACACCAUUAUUUGCUGUAUUUUUCAGAUUUUAGAUUUAACUAAACAAUUAUUUUAUUCUUUAUUUCGAUAAGCAUUUUAUUUAAGUUAAAAUACCUAGGAAGGUAUUGUUUUAUUAUUAUUUAUAGCAGACUCAGGGCCGUUGCCAGGGAGGGAGGCAGGUAGGCCAGGGAGGUUACCGUUGUGUUAGAAUUAUAAAGAAAUAAUCAAACGUCGAAUUAUGUCCUGCUGUGUUCUUUUAUUAUAUACUUACAUUUAAACAUUUCAAGCACUUUAUAAAAUAUACCGUAUUUAGAGAGCGAAUGUACCUAGUAGGUACUUAUUAUUGUGAAAUUCGCCAAUAAAUUAAAGAUUCCUAAAGAAUUGUUAAAUUGAUUGAUCUAAUAGUGAUAAGCAAUGUGACAAUAUGAAAAUAGGUUAAAGUGUUACGCAUAAUCGAAAUAUUACUCAAUUAUAACUAUGAAUAUGCGAUAGUGGCUUUUAAAAUUGAAAUCUGAUGUUAGUAUACUGUUUGUUAUAAAAACUUAUCAGGUUUUAACAACAUCAAGAUAGUAUUCUUCGUUUGGAAUCACAUAAUAUCUUCAGUUGGUUUCUAAAAGUUUAUUUUAUUAAAGUUUAUUCUGCAAAUGUACUUUAAUAUGUCAUCUCCUAUCUAUACUUUUAACGGUUGAUCAAAAAAUAUUUUAUCACUAAAUAUAAUAUCAGAUUAUUUACUUUACAAACUUAUCGUUGUGAAUUUUAUCGCAAACAAUAUAUUUUAUAAUUCCUAGGUAAAAAAGUUUUUUUUUUAUAUGUAUAUGUAUAUGACUUUGAUAUGAUAAAGUGACAACUAUAGAAUACGAAUUUAUCACUUAAGUCACUAUCGCACACCUUGUAUAUAAACCUACCUCGUAAUUUAUAUAUUUUGUGUAAAACAAGACUGAAUUCAGUGUCAAUUCAGCUCAGUGGCAACAAGCAAUACAUUUUUUUCUCAGGCAUAACUAAAACAUCAACAUAUUAAUUAUUUCUUAUACAUAUAUCAUCUUUGAAUAUACUACUCCAAAGGUUUUUUUUUAUGUUAAGUGAAUUCGCCGCGAAUUCUCAAGUGAUCUUACCUAUUUUAAUUAGGUACGAAUGUGCAUAAUGUCCUCACGUAUGCCCAUUGCCCAUACUCUGGGAAUACGUAAGGAUGAUGUGAGCUGCAUCGUGCCCAUGUAGUACUCUGUGGUAUUCCAUAAACGUUGCCAUUUCAAUCCCUUGUUUUGAAAUUGAUUACAUGAACAUAUCAAAUUUGUUUAAGUGUUAUUGUGUUAAGGUAAUGUUAAGUUAAAUAAUCGACAUAAUGUAUUGAAAAGGGCGUCGCCAGACUAACCUAGAGAGGGAAAGUGGAUUAUGGAGGAUAAAAAAUAUGAAAGUCUAAUAAUAAAGAGUAUAAACAUACGUAUAAACAUAUUUCAAAGCAUGUAAACAAAACUGCCAUAGGACGUUAGUUUGCAUUGCAUUAAGAUGUAUUUUUACGGAGGGCAGUUGUCACUCCCUGCCUUCCCUUGGCGACGCCCUUGUGUGUUUAUAUACCUACCUACAGCAAAUCAUAAGUAGUUUUAACGUAGAAAGUACCUAACCUAAGUUUAUCUUCGAAUCACAGCGUAGGUACAUUGUAUGUAGAAAUGUUACAACAUUACGCGCUCAUUAUAAUAAUUAACUAAUCUAGGCCAAUUUAGAAGUCAAAUAAAUUUCUGAUAAUUGGAUUCGAUUAUAAUUUUCUUUGUUUGGACUGUUUUUUGUCAGACUUAAUUUUUAUAUUAAUGUCAGUGAAAUAGCCAUAUUACACAACAUGAGAUUCUGUAACUAUUUACUAUCUAUAUACCUACCCACCAAAUUAUUAUUAUUGUUUCUCGGAUCCAAUAAUAUAGGUAAUUACUUUUUAAAAUUACCUGUUCUGGUAGUCGCUUAGUUCGGCUCUACCUCUUAAGUAUUUUUCAUGCAUUCAAGAUCAAUACACGUUGUAUCUUUGAAGUUAGUCUUUCUUUAAAGCUAAUUCUAGUUCUUAUCAGUCUCAGUAGCUAUAAUUCACAACCGUUAAUGGUGUACGAAGCUUUAUCGAACAAAAACAAUAACUUACAUACGUAAGAAGAAUGUAACAAUUUAGUAGGUUUAAAAUAAUGAUUACUUAUAUAGGCGGACGUAGUAUAGGUGUUUGGAAGCUUUUACACAAAUAGAAAUAAUGCCACUGUAUGAUAUUCCGUCAAUAUUAAAAUUAAACUUCAUGUUAAUCGUGUUUAUUUAUAGAUACAUAGAUCUGUAGCUAAUUUUAUAUAAUAAUAUAUACUUCAUAAGGGCCUUAUCACACUCUGCUUCUAAAAGAUCUAGAAGUACCUAUUUCUAUAGUAAGAAUUAAGUAACAUUGUUGGUAUUUAUACAAUAGAUUGCGGGCCUGAGUGUGCUGGUUUAGUAUUACGCCACAACGUAUUCAAAAAUAUUAAAAUUUUGGUUUUUAAAAGUAGGUUUGGUGCAGAACCUUAAAAAUAUUCGGUAAUUUUUAAUACUGGAAAUUACAGUAUCUAUCGAACCCCCAGGAGCGGUCGAUCAGUCGAGAGUUACUUUUAGUCAAUUGAGGAGCGUGGUAUUUUCCUAGUACUGGAGUCAUAAGUGACUAUACUUUUAUGGACUGUCAUGAUUAUUUAAUUAUAUUUUUUGUAUUUAGGUACAAUUACUUCUUUCAAGCAGCAUAGUCAAUCUCUGCACCUAAACCUAGUUUUCAACUAGAUUUUACCGUUAAUCGCCGUUUCGGUUGUGAUACUGCCGUGAACGACUAAAAUGUUUGUAACAAUUUAAAUAUACUAUAGGAAUUUCAAUAAUACAAUACUUCACGAA